CUCAGGCCUCAGCCCCGCCUCCGCCGGCGCGGGUGCCCAGUGGUGGGCGCCGGGGGCCGCUCGGAAGGGGAGUCGAGGCCGGGGUGAACCCCAAGUGAGGCCUGGUCUGCGGCCCUGCGGAGGCCGGAAGUCUGAGGUCGGAGCUCGCCGAGGAGGAUUCCGACGCCUCGCCGAGCCAUGGACCCGCCGGCCCGUAAAGAAAAACCCAAAGUUAAGGAGCCUGUCAGCCGCGGGGAGAAGGCGAAGCAGAAGUCCGCGCAGCAGGAGCUGAAGCAGAGACAAAGAGCGGAGAUCUAUGCUCUGAACAGAGUCAUGACGGAACUGGAGCAGCAGCAGUUUGAUGAGUUCUGUAAGCAGAUGCAGCCUCCUGGGGAGUGAGCCAGUCCUGAGCCACCAACUGAAAGGACUCUGGAGCCUUUGGGAGCUGGUUUCCAUUGUAGAGCUGUGCUGGCCCAUUUGGAGCCUUGCAAACAAGAAGUCAUUUGUGGAUAACUCAGAGCUUACUUCCUCUGUGUAACUUCUGCUUCACUGGUUCUCCACUGGGAUUGCCCCAGUGCUUGCUGAGCAGACUUGUUUUCUAAGACAACAGAUACUUUUUAAAACAAUCUUCUUCUGUUUGAAAAAAAAAAAAAGUGCUUCUUGUGAAA